AUCAGCAGCUUGUGCUUCUUGUACUUUGAAGUACGGUCAUUCCCUAGUCAGUAAUAGAGCAAUAUAUUCAACUGAUAAUCGUUGGCUUACUGUAUCACUAAAAAUCUCCAUCACUAUUACCUAUUGCAGACGUCAUCGCACUACAACAAACAUGUCUACAGCAGAACCACCACACCCAAAGAAGAAAAAGGGAAACCCACCAACGCCCGAAGAGAUUGAGGAACGAAGAAAGCUCAAGCAACUCGAAGUGAUUCCUGAAGGCAUGAGUAAAAGCGAAUGGAAACGUCAAUUAAAACUGCAAAAAUGGCAAGAGACAAAAGAACAGUAUCGAGAAUUUCAACGAGCCAAGAAGAAGGCCCAAAGGCAAAGGCUGAAAGAACGUAAGCGCAAUGCAGAGGCUGAAGAAGAGACUAACUAUCAUCUGAUCAAAAAGUCUAAGGUGAUGUUGGGUAAACAAAUACCUACUGGUGUCACUUGUAUUUUUGAUUGUGAAUUCGAUGAAUUAAUGAACCAAAAGGAAAUCGUGUCUAUGUCUAAUCAAAUUUCCAGAUCCUAUUCUGCUAUGAGACAUUGUGAAUAUGACUUGAAAUUGAAAAUUACUUCAUUUAACAAAAACUUGAAGAAAAGAUUUGAUGAUGACGUAUCUCAAUAUAAAUUAUGGAAGGGAAUUGAGUUUAAUUCUCAGCAGAAUAUAAGCGAUCUUAUCACCGAAGAAAACAAGCUGCAGUUCGUCUACCUCACUGCUGAUACUGAUGAAGUAAUUGAAGAACUUUUACCAAAUCACACCUACAUCAUUGGUGGGAUUGUGGAUAAGAAUCGACAUAAGCAACUUUGUUUGAAAAAAGCUCAAGAGUUGGGUUUGAAAGUUGGUAAGUUGCCAAUUGAUAAAUUUAUAGAAAUGAAUGGUAGACAUGUAUUGGCAACAUCGCAUGUUUAUGAAUUAUGUUGUAAAUGGUUUGAAAAUGGUAAAGAUUGGGGCAAGGCUUUCAAUGAGGUUUUACCACCAAGAAAAGUAAAAGGACAAGCUAAACCUGAAGAAGACAAAGGGGAGCAAGAAGAGCAAGAAGAACACCUGGAAACACCCCUGUCCGAGUAGUUGUUUAUAGAUGUAAUUAAUUUUUCAAUUAUAGUUCCCCUCGCAAUUUCCCCUCCU